ACACCGAGAGCGAGCGGAGCCAAGCGGCAGCCCCUCGCCUCGCUCUUUAUCGGGUGAGCGUCCGGCCGCAUUCCCUGCAUCCCGCUGCACCUGGUACCUGCUCGGAUCAUGUCCGCUAAGCUGCUGGUGCUGCUCUUCCUCCUGGCAGUGUUUCAAGCCUGCUCUAGAAAGGUUGAAGAGGAUGAAUAUGAAGAUGUAACAGGCAACCAGAAAUGGGUAUUAGCUCCAAAAACGCAAGACACAGAUGCGACUCUCAUAUUAAACAAGUUGCUGAGGGAAUAUGACAAAAAGCUACGGCCAGACAUUGGAAUAAAACCAACAGUUAUUGAUGUUGACAUUUAUGUUAACAGCAUUGGCCCAGUGUCAUCAAUAAAUAUGGAAUACCAAAUUGAUAUAUUUUUUGCUCAGACAUGGACAGACAGCCGCCUUCGUUUCAACAGCACCAUGAAAAUACUGACUCUAAACAGCAAUAUGGUUGGAUUGAUAUGGAUACCAGACACUAUCUUCCGAAAUUCUAAAACAGCAGAAGCUCAUUGGAUCACUACACCCAAUCAGCUUCUGAGAAUAUGGAAUGAUGGGAAAAUCUUGUAUACUUUAAGGCUCACCAUCAAUGCAGAAUGCCAGCUGCAGCUACAUAAUUUCCCAAUGGAUGAACAUUCUUGCCCGUUGAUAUUCUCUAGUUAUGGCUAUCCUAAAGAAGAAAUGAUUUACAGAUGGAGGAAAAACUCAGUAGAGGCUGCAGACCAGAAAUCUUGGAGACUCUAUCAGUUUGACUUCAUGGGUCUCAGAAAUACUUCAGAAAUUGUGAAAACCUCUGCAGGUGAUUACAUAGUCAUGACUAUAUACUUUGAUUUAAGUAGAAGAAUGGGAUACUUCACUAUUCAAACAUACAUACCCUGCAUCUUAACAGUUGUGUUAUCCUGGGUAUCGUUCUGGAUUAAAAAAGAUGCCACACCAGCAAGAACAGCACUAGGUAUUACCACUGUAUUGACCAUGACAACAUUGAGUACCAUUGCAAGAAAGUCUUUACCCCGUGUCUCCUACGUCACUGCCAUGGAUCUGUUUGUGACUGUAUGCUUUUUAUUUGUCUUUGCUGCUCUGAUGGAGUAUGCAACCCUCAACUACUACUCAAGCUGCAAGAAGCCAAACUGUACCAAGAAGAAAAAGUCGCUACCUGAUGUCAGUUUUGGUCACAUGAUGAACUAUUCUGUACUUGAUAUAAGACCGCCGCCUACAGUCAUCACAUUGAACAAUGCCAUGUAUUGGCAAGAAUUUGAAGACACUUGUGUCUAUGAGUGUCUGGAUGGGAAAGACUGCCAGAGCUUUUUCUGCUGUUAUGAAGAAUGUAAAUCUGGCUCAUGGAGGAGAGGACGGAUUCACAUAGACAUCUUAGAACUGGACUCCUAUUCCAGGGUCUUUUUUCCAACAUCGUUCCUGCUGUUUAACCUGGUCUACUGGGUUGGAUACCUCUAUCUUUAAGUGUUGCCGUUAGUGGUGAAGACUACUGUGUUUUCACACUUCUUGGGAUAGUGAACAUGAAAAAGUGAAGGAGGACAUGGUCAGUUUCAUCUCAAAUUAUAGAGGCCACGUUACCUUUUAUCAUCACAGAAAUCAAUGAAGGAUUUUAAUAUGUAGUUGCCUGAAAAAGAAAAACCUUGAAGAAUUCCCCUGACUGCUAUUCAUUUUAAAUACAAGAUUCUUACUAAAUUCAGCUGAAUUUGUAGUGUAAACAAUGUUUAUUAAUAAUUCUAAUAUAAUGGAACCUUUACUGUUCUCCCUUGGCACUGAAAGCUAGACAGCAUUCAAGCAAGAAACAGAGGUCAAACAUUUGAUAUGGGUUCUUCAUUCUUAUGUCCCUUUCAAAGUUUCUCCCAUUCCCUGGGGCUCAAGGCAACACCCACUGGUGCUGGUUAGCCAUGAUGCAACUGGAGAUGUCUAACUCCAGACCAACCCAAGCCACCUUCUUUUAUUGAGACCUAUUCCACAGUUGCUGGGAGAUCUUGUCUUGGUUGUCUCUGCAUGGGAGAAUCACCAUAAAAUAAAGACAGUUGCUCUGGUCCCAUCAAGCCAUGUAAGGUCUCUUCUGCUGCAAAGCUAUGGGAUUCAUAGGCUUAGCCCCCUUCCUGCACACGUUAAUUUUAAUUUGAGGUGAAAAAGCUGAUUUACAAGAAUGCUCAGAAUUUGAUAAAGUCAGAGACACUGUCUAUAUCUGAAGUAGCUGCAAGUAUUACUUGUAGAGCAUUUCAGAGCUUUUUUUAAAAAAAUAACUGAUCAAACAUAGCAAGAUGGUACAUGAUUUCUGGAAUAGAUUUACUUGCAACUGGACAAGACUUCUGCUUGUUUGUGAUAUUGUAGCAGACUAUAGUUGAUAGGACAUAUGUAAGAUUCACUACUUAAUAGCACUAGGGGUAUGUGAUUUUUGCAGGUUACAAUUUAAUGCAAAGUUCACCCAUGCAUUUUUCUUCCCCUCCCUUCCCCCUUUAAGUGUUUUUACAGAGUGGAGAAAAAUAAAGGUAUUCUGUUCCUAUAGAGAUAAAUCUUGAAGUCCUUAAUUACAGAAGAUUCCUGUUGAAGUCAAUGGGAGUCUUGUCUGAGUUAAGGACUGAAAAAUUUUGACCUAUAUAGUUCAGUAUAGGAGUUUGAGUGCAUCAACACUGGAUUUAAAUCAAAACAGAUAUUGGAUACAGAAAAGACUAGGGGAUUUUUUUUAAAACAAACAAAUAGAUUUUAACUUGGAAAAGCAUUUUGUAUUUUUGGAACAUGUUUCACAAAUUAAAUUAUUGAGAAUUGUCCAUUUUGCAACAUUUUCAAUAUUUCUAGAGUGUUAAGAAACUCUUCCUUUUUCAGCAAACUCUCGGUAGAUGUGAUUAAGCCAACAGAACUCACAUUCUCUACCAAAUAGCAAUGAGUUUUCAGUGCUCUUUGGUUAAA